AUGGAUAGAGAAAUUGAAAAUCAGAGAAAAGAACUCGAAGGAUUAGAAAGAGACAGGGAACGAUUAGAGUUGAAUCGGUUAGAAAGAGAAGAAACUCUUAGAAAAGAAAAAGAUAGGAUAGAAAAAGAAAGAGCAGAAAGAGCAAGAAUAAAUCGCGAAAAAUUGAGAAUAGAAAUAGAAAGACAAGAUAAAGAAAACGCGAAAAUUAGUGUUAAAACGUUCGGAAUUAAAUCUUUUAUGGAAAAUAAUAUUGAAUUUUGGAGUGAGAGACGACUAUUUGAAAAUACUCCGCAAAUACCAGCGCUUUUAUAUCACGCGGAAGAAAAUAAAAAUAAAUCUGAAAAUAAGAAAGAUGAGAAAGGACAGAAAAAUCAUGAUGCAAUUUCAGGAUAUAAAAAAAGUAGGGAUAAUAAAAAAGGAGAAACAAGUCCAAGUGCACAGGAUUUCGUUGAUCCAAAUUUAGGAAACCAAAUUAUGGAAGCAUUACAAAAGUUAUUAAAAAAGGAAGUAAAGUGGGAAUGGUUUGACAAACAGGAACAGGCUUUCACGACAAUUAAACACUUACUAAUGACAGCACCAAUUUUAGCCAGCCCUGAUUUUGGAAGCCGAUUCCAACUUGAAACUGAUGCCAGUGACAUAGGAUUAGGAGCUGUUUUAACGCAAACAAUAAACGGCGAAAAUUAUGUAAUAGCAUUUGCGAGUAGAGGUCGAUUAGCAAGAUGGGCUUUAGAAUUGUUAGAAUACGAUUAUGAAAUUGUAUAUAGAAAAGGAAGUUUAAAUCAAGUACAGAUGCUUUAUCAAGGUCAAAUAAAAAUGGACCCAAGUUGGAUCCUUAAGUCUAAAGAUUGCCUUCUAAGUUUGGUGGGAGAAGAAUUGUUAACCCACUCUUGUAAAAAAUGGUUGAUCUUCUUCAACCACCAACAACAGAGACAACAGAGGGGAAAAUGUACGGAAAAUGGACUGCCAACGAUGCAAGAAAUUAUAAAAGGAUUAAAGGAGAAAAAACAAAAGGCAAGAAAGAUAUGGGAAGGAGACGGCAAGAAAAAGAAAAGAAGAAAAUCUACAGACAGAGAGAUUAAGCAGAAAGGUAGAACGGGAGAAGAAAGUAAUAAGAAGAAAGGAAUUAAAAAAAAAGCUCUGAAGAAGGCCGAAGAGAACAAACAACUCUUUAUACACAUCACAGAGAUAACUUAUAAGAAGAUGAUGGAAGAAAUAAAGGUGUGGCAGUGCAGGCAUUGCGAUACGUACUGUGGACAGAUGUCGAACAGGACAAAAAACCACCACACUGUUCCUGAUUCGACAAGGACUAAAUACAUAAAAGGAGGCUGGGCAGAGGCAAACCAAAAGUUCAAGGAAAUGAUAAAAAUUUUUCUAAGGAAGGAGGAAUGGACAGAACUUAAAAACAGACAAACAACACAAAAAAUACAAGACAAGAAAAACAAUGAAGAAGAUGACGAUUACAUUCAUCUGAAUCUGACAGAGGAAGAAUCUUGCCUGACACUCAACAACGAAAUCGAGAAAACUGAAGAAUUACUGAAAUAA